AUGUCUCGUCUAAUAGUGAAAAACUUACCAAAUAAGGUCACUGUUGAUAAAUUAAAAGAAAUAUUUAGCGAAAAGGGUGAAGUAACUGAUGUGCAAUUAAAAUAUACAAAAGAUGGCAAAUUUAGGAAUUUUGGUUUCAUCGGGUACAGAAGCCAAGAGCAGGCAACAGAGGCAAGGGACUACUUAAAUGGUAUAUGUAUUAAUUCUAUGAAAAUUGAAGUCCAAACUUGUGCUAACCUAGGGGAUGAGAAAAAGCCAAAAGCCUGGAGCAAAUAUGCACCAGACAGUUCCGCCUAUAAGAAACUACAUAAAGAUGAAAUUGAAGCCAAGGAUCAGCUAAGAAAAACAGAAAAGAAGGAAAGGAAGAUUGAAAAGAACAAAAAUAAAAUUAAAGAACUACUUAAAAGGCAUAAAGAUGACCCGCUAUUUGCAGAAUUCAUUGAAGCUCACAUCAAUGAUAAAACAACUUGGAUAAAGGAAGCCCUUGAGUCAGCUUCUAAAAGUGAUGAGGAAGAUAGCGGGGUUGAUGACGUAACUACUGAAAGUAAUAUUAAAGAGGCAUCUAAUGUAGAUCUUGUAACUGAAAAAGAUGAUGACACAGAAUCUGCUAAAAAAGUUGCUAAUAAACCAAUCAGUGAUUUAGAAUACAUGAAAUUACUAAUGAAAAAGGUAGGAGGCGCUACAGACAUAGAAAAUACAAAAGAAGUAAAAAAAGAGGAUGCAGAAGAACAGACACCAAAGAAAAUCAGAAAUAGACCUCUUUUUCAUAUUAAGAUAACAGGCUUGCCUUACAAAUGUAAGAAAAAAGAUAUUAAAGAAUUCUUCAGACCUUUAGUCCCAUUUUCGAUAAGACUCCCACUUGGCAAAGGCAAGAAAAUUACUGGAUUUUGUUAUGUUGGAUUCAGAACAGAAAAGGAACUCAAGAAAGCACUUGGAAAAGAUAAGUUGUUUUUGGGUAAUCAUAGAGUUCACAUACAUAAGUAUGAGGAUAAAGCAAAACAGGCUGCAGAGGAAGAGGAACAAAAUACGACAAGAAGGAGAGAAGACAAAUUAAACAGUGAAGAAACCAUUGGAGAGAGUGGAAGCAUAUUUGUGAGAAACUUAGCAUACGUGGUCUCAGAGGAAGAGGUAACGAACCUCUUCGAAAAGUACGGUCCAAUUACGGAAGUGAACAUGCCUAUCGAUCCAGUUUUGAGACAGCCCAAAGGAUUUGCCACGGUGACGUUUAUGAUGCCUGAACACGCAGUGAAAGCAUACACAGAACUAGAUGGCACCGCCUUCAGUGGCAGAAUGCUUCAUCUGCUACCCGCUAAAACUGCGAAACAUGAAGACGAAGAAGAUGAUGAGGGACUAUCAUUUAAAGAGAAAAAGGCAAAGAAAUUAAAAUCGCAAGCGAAAUCCUCCCACAACUGGAACGUUCUGUUUCUGGGCUCCAACGCUGUUGCUGACGUCGUCGCCGCUAACUACAGCACUACGAAGGAGCAGUUACUCGAUGAUAAUACAAGAACAAGUGCUGCUGUAAGAUUAGCUCUGGGUGAGACGCAACUGGUUGUCGAAACCAAGGCUUUCUUAGAAGGGAAUGGAGUCUACCUAGAUGCAUUUAACACAACAGCAAAAAAAAGAUCGAAGACUUGCAUUCUCGUAAAAAAUUUACCCGCGAACACAGAUAAAGAAGAAAUAAAGGCAUUGUUUGAAAAACAUGGACAAAUAGCGAGAUUCUUGAUGCCACAACACGGCAUUACUGCACUGGUUGAUUUUAUUGAGCCCUUUGAAGCUAAAAAAGCAUUUACAAGGUUAGCAUAUUCUCAGUUCAAAAGUGCACCUUUAUAUCUAGAAUGGGCGCCGGAAAAUGUCUUCCUGAAAUCUGCUCCAAAAAUUGAAAUGUUACAAAAUGUCGAGAAUGAUAUUACAAAAUCUGAAGAAGAUUCCACCGAAACAAAGGCAAAUGUUUCGCAGAAACCUGAAGAGAGCACAGAUGACGUUAAGGAUUCUGAGGAGCCUGAAAAUGAUACGACUUUAUUUGUUAAAAAUCUCAAUUUCAAAACGACUGAGCAAAGUCUGAGAGCGCAUUUUUCAGAGGCAGGCAAAGUAUACAGUGUGUCGAUAGCAAAGAAGAAAGAUCCGAAAAAUCCCGGCCAGUUGCUUUCUAUGGGUUACGGCUUUGUGCAGUACUUUAGGAAAGAAUACACCAAUAAAGCCUUGAAAUUGCUUCAGUGUUCAACACUGGACGGAAAAACUCUGGAGUUAAAAAGAUCAGAACGAGGAAAUACAAAUGAAGUCCGAACAUCAAAAAAAGCAAAUAAGAAUACUGUUCAAAAUGGGUCUAAAAUUCUCGUUAGAAAUGUACCGUUCCAAGCAAAUUCGAAAGAGUUACGUGAAAUAUUCAGGGCAUAUGGAGAGGUAAAAACGUUAAGGUUGCCAAAAAAACUUUCGCCUGGAUCGGAGCAGCAUCGUGGUUUUGCCUUCGUCGACUAUUAUUCUAAAGCUGAUGCUAUGUCUGCAUUUGAAGCUUUGUCCCAGUCAACCCAUCUCUACGGAAGGAGGUUAGUUUUAGAAUGGGCCGAACAAACGGACGAAAACGAAGAUGUCAACAUGCUGAGGAAAAGGACAGCUCAAUCUUUCCAUGCGCAACAUCCAGGUGGAAAGAAAUCUAGAAAAGGUGCAGUCGAUGUAGAAAAGUUUGUGGAAGGAGAUAAUGAUGUGUAA